AAAAAUCUUAAGGACAUCGGCUGUACAUUGAUUAAAAAUAAUAAAAGUGUUAUAAAUGAAGAUAUGAAGCUGUUAUAUUUUAUUGUAACUAUCUGUUUAGGAAGAGUUGCCGGACAGAACAGUAUACUAGAUGAUAUUAGGGCUCUCUACGUGCAGUUUGGCGUUCCUUUCACAGAAAAUUAUUUUCCAUCUAAUUUUCUUGUUUUACCAGAAUAUGACUUCAUCGUUGUCGGAUCUGGUCCUGCAGGAUCGGUAAUCGCUAAUAGGCUCUCAGAAGUAAAGGAGUGGAAGAUACUCUUACUUGAAAAGGGACCAGAAGGAAACAUUUUUAACGAUAUACCGUUCACAAAUCCGAUAUCGACACUCGGGCCCAAUAGUAAGGUGUACGAUGUAGAAAGAGAACCCAACAUUUGUGCAGGACUUUUCGAAAAGAGAUGUCAUUGGACUUCAGGUCACGGUGUAGGAGGAGCGUCCUUGAUCAACGGCUUGUUGUUCACGAGGGGUCACCCGUCCGACUAUGAUGGGUGGGAGCAGGAAGGGAAUCCCGGGUGGUCGUACAACGACCUCCUUCCUUACUUCCUCAAGAGCGAAAAUAUGUCGGUCAGUGGUUUGGCCCAGUCCAAAUAUCAUUCCACAGACGGUCCUCUUCACAUCGAAUAUCCGUUCAUAACAAAACUCGGAAAAAUGUUCCUUAAGGCAGGUCAGGAGUUGGGAUAUGACGUAGUAGAUUAUAACAAUCCCGAGACCAUCCUAGGGUUCGGGACAAGCCAUAUCACUUCAAGGAGAGGAAGAAGACAUAGCGCGUCCACAGCGUUCUUAGUUCCAGUGAGAUCGAGGCCGAACCUACACGUACUGAAAGGCGCAACGGUCACUGAUAUCCUGAUAUCUCCCGAAACCAAAAGAGCGUUCGGUGUUAGAUUCGAGAAAAACGGUGUUUUGAAAAAAGUAUCCGUAAGAAAUGAAGUUAUCAUUUCAGCAGGCGCGUUCGGUUCUCCACAACUGUUGUUGUUAUCAGGAAUAGGACCUGCAGAAGAUUUGCAGAAGCUGGAGAUUCCAGUAAUGGCUAAUCUUCCAGUAGGAAAAAAUUUACAAAACCACCCCGGAACACCGGCAGUUAUCUUUCGAAUCAAUACCACGGAUAGUUAUAAUACUCGAAAGAUGUUGCUUAGGACCCCUAUUGAUUUUGUUCAAUGGCUCAGGAACGGCGACAAUAUCUAUGCAGAUAACGGUGCCGAGGCUGUGGCAUACGUAAAGAGCCGUUAUGCUGAUGAUAAGCCCGACAUAGAACUGCUGAUGACCGCAACAUCCAUCACAUCCGACGGGGGCACCCUGAUCAGGAGAGCCUUGUCCAUCUCGGAUGAGGUCUAUCACAAGACGUGGGGGAGAAUUAACUUUGCAGAGGUCUUCAGCAUUGGCCCGAUGGUGAUGUACCCGAGAAGUAAAGGUGAGUUGAAGCUGAGAAGUCGCGAUUUUCGUGAUCCGCCGAUCAUUAAAAGUAAAUUUUUCUCAGACCCUUACGAUAUGAAAAUUUUGAUAGAAGGCGUUCGAGCUGCGAUUAAAAUAUCUGAAACAAAAGUUUUUCAAAAAAUCGGUGCUAAGCUGUAUACUAAUCCAAUUUUUGGGUGUGAAAAUUUAAUUUUCAAUUCGGACGAAUAUUGGGAUUGCGCCAUACGGACCGUGCCUAUCCACUUCUUCCAUCAGUGCGGCACUUGUAAAAUGGGCCCGGACCCCUCCUCGGCAGUGGUGGACCCCAGGCUCAGGGUCCACGGGAUAGCCGGCCUGAGGGUUGCCGAUGCAUCCAUCAUGCCUACCAUACCCGGCGCUCACAUAAUGGCUGCGUCCUACAUGAUUGGCGAGAAGGCUGCCGACAUAAUCAAACAAGACUGGAAUGUGUGAUAUUCACUAAUUAAAUCAUAUCACAUUAUCAAUCGAGGUAUAUGGACUGAAUAGUUUUAAUACGAUUCAUCUUCGUUUUUUAUCCAUCAGCAGUAUUAAGUAUUGGAUGUUCGCUUAGUCAAAUGUAAGUAUUUAAACACAAUCACUCAUCACAGAAAGUAUUUGAAAAGCAAACUCUACACAACGUCAAUGCAUUUUCAAAAUGUUAACAAUUAAUAGUUAAGUUCCACUUCUGUUCAUCCUGACUUCUGAAGUGGUCCAAAAACCAAAGUAUCCAGACCAAUAAUUUUUCCAACCUUACAAAAAUGACUAAACAUCGGUAAAUUGAUAAAAACGGGCUAAAAUCAGUUUUCAUUAACAAUUUUAUUUUUCCAAGAGACCACCACGUACUUUUCAGUAAAUAAAGACAUCUUCAGGAAUGAUCUACAAUAUACCUUUACAUUUUUUUUUUUUUUUAAUAUUUCUCUUUUAACUAGGCACUCUUAACAUUUUUAAAUUUGAUUGUAUUGAAUUUUUAUUAAAUCAGUAUUCAUGAAAUCCUUAGGGCCUAAUCAGUCAGGAACUAAUCAGCGGACAACAAUUACAAUAUUUUGGUGUAAUAUUUAUUUACAAACUACGUUUCGACCAACAUUGUAAGUCUUCAUCAAGGCUUUGUCCAAUAAUGCCUAGAGACUCGAGGGCUAUAAAUAAAUAAUACACCAAAAUAGUAUGAUAAUCGAACACACCCCCUAACCUAAUAUUCCUUAAAUAUGAAUCAUAGAGCUUAUUAACAAUAAGUUAAAUAUACCCAUUUUUAGUACAAAAAAUGUUAAUUAUAAUUUAUAUGAUUGUUGUUUCAUUUAAUUUAAUUUUGAACGAUCUCUUAAUGCCUAGUUCAGUUGUAUAUAUCUCUAUAUAAUUUUAGAUGAUCUUCCAAUAGCUAGUUAAUACAAUUAGUUUUACUAAUGACAAAACUUGACCUAAGCACUGAUAUAUUUGAUUUGUAAGAAGUACAAAAUAUUUAAUUGUAUUUAAAAAAAUGUAUUAAUGUAAUACGUAUUAAUUUUUAAGGUUGAUGAUAGCUAACUUCAAUUUAUUUAGUAUCAAUAUCUUGCAAAGCUAGAAUUAAUUCUAACUUUUUGAAUUUUCCUGUUCCUAUUCAUCAACAUUAUGUACAUUAUUAUUUUUCGAAAAAUUGUAAAUAAAUUAUUGUGAUUUUGUAUGGCUAACAAACAAGUCGAUGUUUGUUCAUUAAUGUAAUUAUUUAUUAUUGAAGAUGUACUGCCCUAACAUACCAAUGAUUGCACAAUUGUGAAAAUAUAUAUUAUUUCUAAUUAUUUUUCAGGAGUAAGAUAGUAAAAUAAGUUCUUAAAAUUAUUUCUGACGUUUUAGAUUAAUAUGAAAGGUAAGAAAAUGUUUGUAAAGGAAAUUAAUGUUCUCAGUUGGAUAAAUACAACGGUAAGUUGGCUUUUUCUUUCUUCUCCUUUAAGCAACGUUAUAAAAUUGGACACCGAAAUGCUAAGCAGUUUUCAUCAUGAACACAUAUACAUACUUCAAAACUACAGAGCAUUAAGAUUUUUGUAAAACGGAAGGUGAACGCCUUACAUAAUGCCCAAACACGAGCAAUGUUUAACAGGACUUAAAUGAAUUAAUUUCAGUACUUGGUAGGUACAAUUAAUUACUAACACAUAUUUACAAAAAAGCACAGGGAAACGGCAUAUUAUGAACUGUGUCUCUUUCAUUCUGGAUAUUAAAUAUUUGUUGAUAAGAAGUAGUAGUUCUUAGAGACUAUUGAAAAAAAAAUCAUCAAACGAACUAACGAAAUCAGUCAUAAAUAUCACACAUUUCAUUUUCAUCUCUGGUCUCGUUAUUACUUAAUUGAAGUUACCGUUCCUUACGAAAAUAACCGAAUAGUUCUCUUAUGAAUAUGAAUAUUAGUUAAAAACGUGCAGAUAAGAAACAAAUAUAACAAGUAAUGAAUAGGAUCCUGCAUUAUUCAAAUUUUAAAUAGAUUGUUUUUCAAUUUAUUUUCAUUUCAUGUAAAUGGUUAUUUAAACAAUUAUUCUGCUAUUAAAUAUAAGAAAAAUAUUAUUCCGAUUAUGAUUUUUUUUUUAAUUUCCGUCAGCCAUUUGAAAUAAAUACCCAAAAUGAUUGUUGGUAUUAUCAUUAUUUUAAACAGUUAUAUGUCUAAUACAACGACAGAAAAAUAAUCAUUAGUCUCCUAAAAUGUACAAAUGUUUACAUAGAGUGUGUGGGUAAUCCAGACUAUGCUAUCAUCUGUCUAACAUUAAAAAAAAAAGGUGUAUUUUAUUUUUUCCAUUAUCUUUCCUGUGCACGUAUAAGGAUUUGUAACUGACAUUCGCUAAAGAACUAUUCAGCUAUUUUAGAAGAGUGUGGUGACUCGUCAACAAAGAUCGAAAUAAAAACAGCUGUUGUUAUUUCUGUUAGUCCACUAGUCAUAGCAGAAAUAGGAUAUUCAUUUAAGGAGAUGGUGUGAGGAGUGAAUUAUGAAAGUUUGACCUUUCUAAAUAAAAUAAGUCUGUCAUUCCAAAUCUAGCAAAAAUGGUGGCGAUGUAAAGACAUUUGAAACUUACAAAAUGUGGUCCGCAGUCCCAUAAAAGGUAUCUGUAAUAAGCAGUCAGCCGUUCCGACGGCGCUGUCAUCUUUUGACUAAUUAUAACUAAGGAAUUGCAGAUUUUAAACGUCAAAAUUCAACAAUUUAGCUUGAAAUUACACUAUAUGAAAGUGCAGAAAGAAAUAAUGUUGUUUUCAUAUCCUAGGCUUCCAAAAUAUACUGGUAGACUGAAACACAGAAUUUAAUAUUUUAGGUCGAGUUUUGGGGUUCUACUAAACCGUCAAAUUCCUCUCGUAUCCAAUCCCUGCAAUACAAAAUCCUUCGUAAAAUCCUUAAUGCUUCCUACUUUGUCACAAAUAAAAUCAUCCAUAAUGACCUUAAUGUACCAUAUGUUUCCGAUUUAGCUCAAUCCAGAUAGCUGUCCUUUUAUAAAAAACUUCUUAACCAUCCGAACCCUCUUGUUUCCAACCUUGCUUCCUCUUCUAUUCCUGAUAACCCUCCGAGGCGUCUGAAAAGAAGAUGCCCUCGGGACCUUCUAAUAUAAAAAUAUAAUGGGAGUGCUACCAAUGGGUAGUUUCUCUUCAUGUUGUACAUGUAAUGUUACUUGUUCAUAUUUACUUGUUUUAUUUAUCAUUUAAUAAAGUUGUAAAUUUCUACAAUAAUGAGA